AUGGAAAUAGAACUCCUUGAUAUAUACGACUUAGGAGAUGAGUUAAAUGCAGGCAACAUAAAUGUGAAUGAAAAAAUAAAUAAAAUAACAAGAGAAUAUUUAAGGACAUCAGAAAGUUAUAUAGAAAAUAAAAAAUUAAAAACGUGUGUAGAAUUUUUAGAAGGAAUAAUAAAUAAUUUUGCUUCAAAAGAGCCAUUUGAAUAUGUAUUAUUUAUGACAAUAAAAAUUUAUUGUAAUUUAAGAUUACAUAACUAUCGAUAUGUUUCUAAUGAUUUAAAUAUACUUGAAAAUUUAGAUGGAGAAAAUUAUAAAUUUCAAAAGUAUCCAUUAAAAUAUAAAAAAGAAAAUGGAUCAAUGAUUCCAUUUUUAUUAAGAUUAAUAAAUUGUUAUUAUCCUUAUACUCUUGGUUUAUUUUUUACUUCAUUUGAUAGAUUAUAUCUUUUAUUGUUACAAUAUGAAAAACUUAUGAACAAGAUUAGGAAUAAAAAUGAAUGUACAGAUAAUAAAGUAUUACUGGAUAUAUCCAAUAAUAAUAUAUCUCCACCUUUAUUUAAACAAAAUAGACAAAUUAGUACAAUUUUCCAUUAUAUUACUAUAAUUAGCUAUAUAUUAUGUGACUUAUUAUUAAAAAAAAAUUAUAUAGAACAAGCUAUAGAAUUGUUAAAAGAAAAAAUACUUAAAUAUUUUCCUAAUCAUAUAAAUACACUUUCAUUGGUUGGGAAAUUAUUUCUUUUUAUUGGAAGUUUUGACCUUGCAGAGUCAUAUUUUAGUGUGGUAAAAAAUAUAAUGAAAAAUAAACAUCCUGAUUUAGGAGAUAAAGCCACUUAUUCUAUUCCUUCAUCCGAUAAUACAAAUAUAUGGGCACAUUCUCAAAUUAAUUUUAAUUUUUUAUAUUUAUAUUUAGAGGAAUAUGAAAUUGCUCUUAAAGAGCUAUUAAAUAUUAAUACACAUUUUAUAAAUCCUACCAAUAAUAAUAAUAACAGAAGUAGAAACAAUGUGGCUAGCGAUUAUGCUAUUUAUUAUAAUAACUUAUCAAUCACAUCCAUGUUUAACGGUGAUUUAAAAAAUUCAAUUCAACACUUGGAAAAUGUUGUAACUACAAAUUAUGUAAAUGUAUUUCCUUCCAUUGUUCAAAAUUUAAAUGAUAUUUAUAAAUUUACAAAAACAAAAAAUGAAAUAAUUAACCAUACUAAUGAUACGAUUAAAAAAAAUUUACAAGAGGAUCAAGAAAUAAUUGCUUUACUUCCAUAA